AUGUCUAAGUGUUAUUUAACCACAAGAUUAGUUGAUCCUGCUAACAAGAGCUUGAAGUUUAAAUUUAAAGUUGUCAGUUGUAAAGUUCGUCGAAGAAAGCCCCGAAUAGUUGACAAAUCACCGGCGAUCAGAAAAGUUGAAUUAACAAAGCAAAUGGAAACUAUCCUCCAGAGAAUCUCGACAUAUGAGAUGGCAGGAUGCUCAGACGACAAGCCCAAAUUUCGUCUAGUUAAGCAGCAAAGUCCUGAGAGACGAUGUUCCAAUCGAACUACUGACAAGAUAAAAGCCGACACUAAACCAAAGAGAAUCACUGCUUUGAGUGGGAGACCCUCGCACCAUCGCAGGUUAGAAGUGAAGCAAGAGGACUUUACUCGUGGACGAAAUCUAAACCCUGGAAAAACUCUACCGGCUCCUGCAGUUCGUAAACCAUGGAAUGCGGUUAGAGAGAGACGCGUUGGUCAGUGCUCCACAAAGAGGUAAAGCUCAGCCAUUGAACAAAGACCCCUCGGGUUGUUAUUACUAUUAUUGUUAUUAUUAUUAUUAUUAUUAUUAUUAUUAUUAUUAUUAUUAUUAUUAUUAUUAUUAUUAUUAUUAUUACUUUAUUAGCAUUAUUAUUUUGUUUCGUCCUGACCUAUUAACGUUCUGAUUUGUUAAAAAUUGAAGAACUUUGCUGGUGCACUAAAUAAAAUAUUCGUAAUUAGCCCUUUUUUGCUACCGAGGAGAGAGAGAGAGAGAGAUUCCUUUUAACGGAUACUUUCCGUAGUAACUAUAUCUUUUUUUCCAGGCAGAUUUUCAUCUUCUAUCCAGGUCAAAGCUGUUUUUAUUCCUUGAAUUAAUUAUAAGGGGUAGGGAGAGAUCCGCCCUCGUAAUUAUUUUCCUCCCGAUUUUGGUCUAAAAAUAACCGCCUUAGGGGGCAAGGCGGGGAAUCCCCCGGGCCACUCUCUUUAUCGGGAAUGAACUCGUGUAUCAAGCGGCAACUUUGUUAGGUGACCGCUUAUAUUACUUGGAAAAUUUUCGCACGAUUUAAAUUUUGUACGAAAAUAGGGUUAGAAAGUAAAACUGACGGUCUGUUAGUAUGGUACCUAUACUUCUGCUUUUUUCUUACACAGAAACUGGACUCCAGGAUUCCCUCAGACCUGUCCAAAGCAAAAAAGUCCCGAAAGACCACGUCGUCCUCCAAUUUCUGGCCGAAAACCUGCAGUGAUAAAAGAUACAAGAGCAGCAGCUGCUUCGAGCACACAACCUCCAGGCUGGCCGGGGUUUCAAGUCCCGAAAGAAUAUAUUCAUGCAAGAGAGGUUGUUGGAAAUCGAAUCCCCGGGAAAGAGGCGGAACCGGUUUCAGCUCCAGCUUCUAAACCACGCCAUCAGGUUACGAAAAGACAUGUUCCCCAGUAUUCUCCUAAGAGGUAAGGAUAUGAAAUCAGUCCGGUAGGCUUUCUAAAAGGGUAAACUGGGAACAGGCUCCUUGGUGGAGAAAAAAGGCGAAAAUUAUUUGAAACGGGGUGCAAAUCGAGAACUUGUGUUAAUGAAACGCUAUAGGAAUUGCAAUGGAACACCCUUGAAGAAAGACGAAAGAAGAAUAGACCAACCAUGUUCUAUAAAAUCUACGAUGACCAAACUGAGAUAGGCACUGGCAAAUAUCUGAAGCCAUUGGGUCGAGAGUUAGCCUUUAUGUUAAUAACCAAACUUGUGAGGAUACUCCUAUUUUUUAAGAACUGACAGGAGAGUGAAACAAUUUAGCUCCUCUUUGAUAGCAUUUACAAACUGCCUUUAAUUUGAUUUAUAAUGUUGUUUAAAUAUUUAUUUUUUAUUGAUUUAUUGAGCGCUGGCCAAUUUACAAGAAUCAUAAAUUUGAUGGAGGCAUAUUUGACAGAUAGACAGAUAGAUAGAUAGACUGGGGAGGGGGAAAGGGCGGCGGCCGGCCCUCUCCUUCCUCAGUCCCUGCUCGGUUCGCCUUUUUAUUCCCCGUUAUUCGUCCUUUUACCACAGAAAAGACCCAGGUCCUAGGCUACUAGAAAACAGAGAGAUCCUUGAAGAAUAUUUUUACCCUGCAAUACAUUUUUCCCUCUCCCUCCAUAAAUAAUGACCGGUCCAGCUAAUACUGAGUAAGCAGAAAUGGUUAUGGCCCAACUGGUAAGUUUACCAUGACGUUCCCUUCACAGAUUUCCCACCAUUAGAUAUGUAAAGACUUUUUGAAAGUGAUGGGCAGUUUCUUUCUUGUAUUUUGUGUUUUUAGGCCUUUGGAUCUGACCUACCUACACCCAAUGCAAGUCCCUAACGAAACUGCAUUUUCAAAAUUUUUUAACGAGAAGGUCUCUUUAUCUCAAGAUGAUAUAGAGCGGAAUUCGAAAAUUGUAAACAGAUUCAUUCCGGAGAUUUUAGAUGCGGUACGCGAGACAGACGCCCGCAAGAGACACCCUGAAAGAGAAAUUUUUGCUUUAGAUGUACUACAUACAGGUAACACGUAAUCAUGAAUAAACGAUCUUCAAAAUCAUAGCCUGCGAUGAGGUAGUUGCAUACAGUAUAUUAUGUUGUAUUUGCAGGAAAUCCUGAUUUCUAGCCAAGGCGAUUGCGGUGAAUAUGCUGCCCUCACGUUUCUCAUACUUCUGUUAGACUGAAAACCAAAACGCAUUUGUGUUUUCUACCCCAGGUAGCUAUUACGAGGGACUGAAAGUUUGUCGUCCGGAUGAAUUUGACGUUAUGGUUGUGUUGCAUGCUCCUCGUAUCGAACGGUUUUUUGAUGUGAGGUGCCCACCAAGACCACGUGACACAUUAGGUAACGCAAGUGUUGAACUGAAGACAUGGGUGGAAGGAGGACGAAGGCUGUGGGGAGAAUUUCUUACGAGCGAUGGAAAAUUUUUAUCGCCUAGGAAAGUUGUAAGGCAUUUCUAUUCUUUAGUACGAGAAAGCGUGGCAGCGAUGGAUAAAAAGCAAAAACAACGUAUCUCCAAUCUGAAAGAGCCCAAGGGUCCAGCCGUAACGUUUACUAUAGACGGCAAAAUUGAUGUGGAUCUUGUGUUAAGCUUGGAGAUCUCAGGCUGGCCGAGUUGUGCAGAACGCUGGGGAGUCUUUGCUACAAAUAGGACUUGGCCAACAGAGGAAGAAGUGGAGAAAAUUAAGCUGAAAGAUCCCAGGUUUCAUCUAGUUGCAAAACCUUGUGCUGCAGAGGAGAGCAAACCCACAAACUCUCAAAAGUUCUGGCGGAUUUCUUUUUCGGAAGCAGAGAAAACACUCUUGAGCAAGGCUAGCGACGAAAAAAAAUACUUUAGAAUUGCAAAGGCGAUUUUUGAAGGCAACAAAGACCAUUUAAAACCUCUUACGUCGUUUUAUUUGAAAACAUUAUUCCUUGACUUGCGUUCUGAGAAUCCACGAGCCAUUAAUAAGGAAAACCUUCUGGGAAUUAAUGUAGUCAAGUUUUUUUCAAGUUUGAUUGCUCGUUUGAGACGAGGACAACUUCCGCAUUAUUUUGUUCGUGACGUAGACCUGCUUUCCAGCCGGAUUAAAAAUCAUGAAAAGCGAUUAGAUCUGGCGUCAAAAUUGGAGGUCAUUGUUAAGGAACUCAUCCGCGACCCACGAAAAAUUCUGGGGGAACUUAAACUGUAAAAUAGAACAUUGAAGGAAAUUUUACAGAAAACGGAAGUAAAAACGUUAAGUAACAAAGUUGACUCAUUCCUCUUGAAAGUUUAUGGUUGUUUUUGUUUUUUUUUUCCUCACGAGAUCUAAUAGCCUCAUUAUAAGGGUAAUGUACUUGUUGCGGUUCAAUUUUAGAUCUGGUUCAAAUGAUUUUUUAAACCAGUUCAUUCUUUUUGAACAGGUUAUUUGUUAACUACACUUAGUCAGGGUCGACCAGGGGCGGGGGGAGGGGGGGGGGGUAGUGGUAUACCAGUAUACCCGAAAAAAUUCGCCAAAAUACCCAAAAAUACCUAAAAUUCAUCCAAAUAUACCCAAAAUUAUACCCAGGUAUACUUUAUACCUGAAAUUCAAAGAAAGUGAUAUACCGAAUACCCGUAUUUAAGCUGCAAUAUACCGUAUACCCGAUUUAAAAGCCCCUGUAUACCCUGGCCGACCCUGCUUAGUGAAAUAGAGUUAUAUUACACCGCCCUCUCUCAUGUGAAAGUUGAUCAGUUGGAUAAAAAAAAGAACCGGAGAGGAAAGUGAUAAGCUUCUCCAGCACCGAAUUUUUUAAAGAAGAUUUUUAAUCUUGUACGCAGAGCUCACUCUGUUUUACACUUUCCCUUGGCCGUGGGAGACCUGGGUCGAGAUUAGUAGAUUUUGUCACUUGUUAAGGUGUUUGAAGAGGGUCAUGAGAAAACAUGGACACCAUUUAUAUGAACCAGAACUAAAUUUUGAACUGCAGCAUACUGAAAAGUGAACACACAUACUUCUUAUAUCGACAACAACCUACAGGCAAUAAGCCAGUUUUUAAGACUUCACAAGAUUAUAAAAUUUUUUCUCCCAUCUAAAAAGAACUCUUGAUUGCACGAUGUGCUUAAAAAUAGUACCGCUGAGUUACAAUGCCACUGUAAAAUUUAUGAAAGAAAAAAACACACACACUUAGAGAAUAUUGCUAUAUAAAGAGUUGUUUUUCCUAGCUGGUCUCUCUAGAUUGGUCAAAGAAAACCCCUUCUCAAAGGUGUUUUAAAAGAGAAUAUGUUGAUGACCUAAUAAUAAGUGAAGAAAUAAAUGUAAUUUUAAAAGGAAAAUAAAUGUGUAAAACAAGUGACGAGGAGUGCCAAAUUUACAUUUCAAGGUAAAUUGUAAAAUAAUUUAAUUGGGAGCAUAAUAUAACCACUCGAAAAAAUCGGAAAACUGUGACUAUCUGUUACUUCUUACAUGUAAUAAUCCUUAACUGAACUAGACUGCGAACAGCCGUCUCCCCUCCCCUCCCUACUCGCCUACGAAUACCUUCCCCUUUUCUCCAACGAAAUGCAGACGUUAUAUGGCCAGCGAGCAAGCACAUGGUACAUUCGAAUGCCCCCCAUCUUUGAUUCAGGAAGGUAUCCUGUGUACGGCCUCCCCCUCCCCACACAAAAAAAUCUCUCUUCCCUAUUUUGUUUGAGGGGAGGGGAGGAUGGAGGCUGAACCUGCAAGAAAAAAUGGUUUCGCUUUGGGGGAAGGAGCAAUACAUGAUAACGAGUGAAUGUAACCAGAAAAAGCCAUUUCCCACUCCACUCACUCCCUAGGACACAUUUGAAAUACGACGGAAAAAUGAUAGAAAAAUGUACUAUAGGGAUCUGAAUUUCCUUGUUUUUUCCGUUUCUAUACUACUGGCGCCCACGCAUUCGAUUCGUCAUUUGUUCAUUGUUUAAUAUCAACUUAUGAAUCAGUUUAAAAAAUAGCCUUUAUAUUAUAUCCAGCCGCGCCUUGAUGACCUGAAAGUUUUCCUUCAAUAGUUGAACUAAAGAAAGAUCGAGAUUUACCACGCAGCUGCUUCAAAGUUUUCACACAGGUAGGUAAACCAACGGAAUCGGCAUCAUUUCAGUUUCUUUACACACAUAUAUCAUCAUUCAUAUCAUCAAUCUUAAUCAAUUCUGAUUCGGUUAGAACUGAAAAGAAAGUAUUCUGAAACCUGUUGAAUUUUCUAGUACUUGAUUUUUGCUAAAUUUCCAGCUGUUUUCAUCGGCACUCUACAAAUAAACAAGCGAAAAGAAAUCACAAAAAUUAAAUAAAAUGCAGAACCGCUGAAACCCAUGCCUCUCAAAGUACGGAACGUGUCAGACGGUACUGACUGAUACCAUGUGCUAGAUGCCAAUAUUCUAGUACCUCAUGAAAUACUUUUCCGAUUUGCUUCAGUUUACUUGUUAUCUAUAUUUUGCACAAUGUAUACACAAUGUAUCAGCUUUCUUGCGGCUGAAAGUGACUGAGAAAGCUUUUAAAAUUCUGAAACACUUCACUGAACAUUCUCUCUUGAGUUGAGUUCUGUUGUAGAAAAUUUGUUACCGCCCAGUAACUGAAUUUGCAGGGUUUUUUUAUGUACCAACGAAUUGAAAAAUAUCGUUCUCAAAAGAAUUAGCAGGGGAAGUUUUAAAAGUUAAAACUUGGCUGUUUACAGCUGUAAUUACUAUUUAGUUCAUUUUCCGGAAGUAAGUAUGGGAAUUCUUAGAAUAUCGUUUUGUACUUCCGCUCUGCCUUACAGUAUGCUAGAUAUAUACUUAGAAGUAUAACGCCACACCAAAACAGGAGCCUGUACCUAAAGCUGUAUAUAGAUAACAUAAAUUCAUAAGUUUUAUUGUCUUUUCGUUGUUCGCUUGCAGUUUGAUGUGCGCUGUAAAGGAGGGUACCUUGAGAUUUGAAUAUCACUUCCGGUAAAAGGCACAUUGCUUUUAGGGUCAUUCCCGUUUUUGCGUAACAUUCAUGUAAAUUUGAGAAGAGGGCCAUGGAUGGUGAUAUAAGUUUCUACACAAGCUCGUAGUCUAGUAUGACAAAUGUCUAAGUGUUAUUUGACCACAAGAUUAGUUGAUCCAGCUAACAAGAGCUUGAAAUUUAAAGUUAAAGUUGUCAGUUGUAAAGUUCAUCGAAGAAGGCCCCAAAUCCACGUUGACAAAUCAGCGGCGAUCAGAAAAGUUGAAGCAGUAAAGAAAAUAAAAGGGACAGAAACUCUCCACCAAGGAAUUUCUACUCAUGAGGAGGCAGGAUGCUCAGAGGAAAAACCGAGAUGUCAUUUAGUUAAAGCAGAAGCGGACAUUAAACCAAAGAGAAUCACCGCUUCAAGUGGAAGACCUUCGCACUGUCUCGGGUUAGAAGUAAAGCAAGACGACCGUAUUCGUGGACGAAAUCUAAAACCUGGAAAAACUGUACCGGCUCCUGCAGUUCCUAAACCAAGGAAUCCGGUUAGCGAGAGACACGUUGGUCAGUGCUCCGCAAAGAGGUAAAGCUAAGCCAUUGAAGAAAGACUCAUCGAGUUAUUAUUAUUUUGUGUCGUCCUGAUGACCACUUAACGGUCUUCAUGCAUGUUGAUAAAAAUCGAAGAACCAUGCCAGUGCACCAAAUAAAAUGGUCGUCUUUUCUUUUUAAUAGUACUGACAAGGAGAAAGAGAAUCCUUUGCACGGAUACUUUCUGUUGUAACUGUCUUUUUUUUCCAGGCGGGUUUACCUCUUCUAUCCCGUUCAAAGCUGUUUUUAUCAUUAGAAUUUAUCAGGGAGAGAAUCGCCCUUGAAAUUAUUUUUGUCGCGGUUUUGGUCUUAAAAUAACCGCCUUAGGGGGCGAGGCGGGGAAUCCCCCGGGCCACUCUAUGCUCGUGUAUCAAACGGUUAGUUAGUUAGGCGACCGCUAACCUGAGAUCAGGCGUUUUUUUUUUUUGCUUCUUUGUUUCUUAACCUGAGAUCAGGCGUUUUUUUUUGUGCUUGUUUGUUUCUUUGGCUUGAGAAACUUAAAGGGAUAAUAGGGAGAGGGCAUGAUCUCAGGCUAGGCGACCGCUUAUAUGACUUGUAAAAAUUUCGGACGAUUUUUAUACAAUUGCAUGUGUACGAAAAUAGUGCCAGAAAAUAUAAUAGACGGUAUGUUUUAAACUGAUAUGGUACCUAUACUACUGCUUUCUUUAUGGACAGAAAUGGACCUCAAAAAUUACCCCAGACCUGCUCAAAGCAAAAAAGUCCUGAAAGACGACGUCGUCCUCCAAUUGCCGGUGACCCAAAACCUGUGAUAAAAGAAACAGGGGCAGCAGCUGCUUCGAGGAGACGACCUACAGGCCGGCCGGGGUUUCAAGCCCCGAAAGAAUACAUUCGUGCAAGAGAGGGUGUUGGGAAUCAAAUCCCAGGGAAACAGGCUGCACCGGUUUCAGUUCCAGCUUUUAAACCAAGCCAUCCGGCUACCAAGAGUCAUGUUCGCNGGAAUCGAAGGGAAAAGGGAAAGUUAUUGAAUUUGUUUUUUUUGUCAUAUUAUUUUAGUGGUUUCUGUUGAAGUAAAAAUUUUGGUGCCGUUUUAAAAUGUAAGGGGAAAAGGGGGAAAAAAAAAAAGGGGGGGGGGGGGGGGGGGGAGGGUAUUUAAGAGUGGUUAGAGGUGGCCUGUUUUUUGGAAACUUGGGGUCAUAUUUUAGUUACUGCCUGAUGUCAUGAAUUAUUUGUGUUUAGGUAGAAGGAAAAACUUCUAUAAAGGCGGGCCUGGUACCAGACUCUUGGUGGAAAACUGAAAAGGCGAAUAUUCAGUCUGUGCUCGGUCGGUUCGCCUCUUUCUUCCUGUUGUUGGUCCUUUUUCCCCAAUAAGAAACCUGGUCAUGGGUUACUAAAAACAGAAGAGAUCCUUGAAGAAUUUUUUUUUACCUUGCAAUAGAUUCUACCCUCUCCUUCUAUAGAUAAUUAUCAUCACCCGUUUACUUCGACUUUCUCUUUACCACUUUCGCCCCUUUAGUUAUGCUAAGAUUUUUUAGAAUAACGGGAGUUGUUUUGUUGUGUUUUCUCUGUUUUUAGGUCUUUGGAUCUGACAAACAACCUACACACAAUGCAAGUCCCCAACGAACCAUUUUCAAAAUUUUUUAAAGAAAAGGUCUCUUUAUCUCAAAAAGAUAUAAUGGAGAAUUCGGAAACUGUAAACAAUUUCAUUCAGAAGAUUUUAGCUGCGGUACGCGAGAGAGACGCCAAGUUUGCUCUAAGAGUACUCAAUACAGGUAACACUGAUGUAAUCAUAAAAGAUCUUAAACGCGGGGGUUCGGUCAUAAAAAGGUUCCCCCAGCUCAGUCAGAUUAAUAUUAAAGAUUUGAAACAUGUCGACGGUUGGCUUCGCGAUGUGAGAAUCCACUAGGUUUACUCUCAUAGACCUAGAGUACCAUUUCUAGCCCAGGCGAUAGUUAUGUGAAUAUGCUUCCCUCUUGUUCUCCGCUAAACUAAGACAAAUUUGUGCUUCCUGUCACAGGUAGCUACUACGAGCGACUGAAAGUUUGUCGUCCGUGUGAAUUUGAUGUUAUGGUUGUGUUUGAUGCUCAUCGUAUCGAACGGUUUUUUGAUGUGAAGUGUCCAUCAAGACCACGUGACACAUCAGGUUACGCAAGUGUUGAAUUGAAGACAUGGGUGGAAGAGGGAAGAAGUCUAUGGGGAGAAUUUCUCACGAGUGAUGGAAAAUAUCUAUCGCCUAGGAAAGUUGUAAGGCGUUUCUUUUCUUUAGUACUAGAAAGCGUGGCAGCGAUGGAAAAAAAGCAAAAACAACGUAUCUCCAAUCUGAAAGAGCCCAAGGGUCCAGCCGUAACAUUUACUAUAGACCGUAAAAUUGAUGUGGAUCUUGUGUUAAGCUUGGAGAUCUCAGGCUGGCCGAGUUGUGCAAAACGCUGGGGAGUCUUCGCUACAAAGAGGACUUGGCCAAAACAGGAAGAAGUGGAGCAAAUUAAGCUCAUAGAUCCCAGGUUUCAUCUCGUGGCAAAACCGUGUCCUGCAGAGCAGAGCGAAGCUGCAAAGUCGCAAAAGUUCUGGCGGAUUUCUUUUUCGGAAGCAGAGAAGACACUCUUGAGCAAGGCUGGUGAUGGCUGCGAAAAACAAUACUUUAGAAUUGCAAAGGCGAUUUUUGAGGGCAACAAAGACCAUUUAAAACCUCUGACGUCGUAUUAUUUGAAAACAUUAUUCCUUGACUUGCGUUCUCAGAAUCCACGAGCCAUUAACAAGGAAAACCUGGGAAUUAACGUAGUCAAGUUUUUUUCAAGUUUGAUUGCUCGUUUGAGACGAGGACAACUUCCCCAUUACUUUGUUCGUGACGUAGACCUGCUUUCGAGGAUUAAAAAUCCGGAAAAGCGAUUAGAUCUGGCGUCAAAAUUGGAGGUCAUCGUUAAGAAACUCAUCCGCGACCCGGAAAAAAUUCUGAGCCAACUUAAAAUAUAA